AUCAGCGGGUUAUUCGGUGUGCCCCUUUCUGAAGGUGGUUUCAAUGUCAGCUGUCGAGGAUUGCAUCAAAAAUAGGCUUUUGUGGUCCGAGUUGCCUGUGACCAUUAAAGCUACGUUGAAUGAAGACGCGGCAGAAUACGAUGCUCGAGUGCUCGUGCAUUUUCUACAAAACCAGUUGGAAUAUUCGGGCGAACUAAUUCGAAAAAUUGUUCGCAGCGAAAGGGCUUAUUAUCGCCAACUGGUGCGGUACAGCUCCCAGCAAAUGAUGCUAUUUCCAUAUCAUCUUCAACGAAAAAUUGUACCUGGUUUGAGCAUAACUCCAUUUAAGUACUACAGGAAUAUUGUCCAUCAAACAAUGCUUUCUGAACUCUCAUAUGAUCGGUUACCUAAUUUUACUGCGGCUGAUUGUUAUCAGAUUCUUGGAAUCGGGCGAAACGAAUAUAUGGAUCUCUUAAACGUUUACAAGGGAAAGCUAUGUUCGUCUCAAUCCAGUCUUGUUGAAACCCCAUCCUCUGUUCUUGACGAAUUGCUCCCCAAAGCCCCUCUUGACUUUGCGCAUCUUCAACCUUGGUUCGUCGUUAGAGCCGGGUCCGUGAGCGAUGCCGAUGUUAAGGCUCACGAACCCGAUGUUCAAUCUAUUCUCGAUCGAAUAAUUGAUAACGAUCGCUCACCCGACACGAGUCAUUUUGGUCCUGGUCUGAAGAUUUCUGAAAUACCCAUCGAUAUUUUUCAAAAUCUUUACCGGCGUGGUCUAGUUUACGUUGAAGUCCCGAUUCUCGAAAAUGAUUGCCUCUCUGUUCCCACUCUUGAUGGAUUUAUCAUGAAUCGAGUUAGCGGAGACAGUUGUGAAACUUUGCUUUACAAGAUUUUUGUGUCUCUUGAUCCUCAAUCAUGCGUUCGUCAGUUAGCCGCGGAUUUGGGCGUUGGACUGGAAUUUGUAAUCAACGCGGCAUCAUUGUUUGUCCGUUUAGGAUUUGCUUAUAAAACUGAUUCAGUUUCCGACCAAUCGUAUGUUGAGUAUGGUGACGUUGAUAUCUCAUCUUGCGAGUAUGACAAUACACUACCCUCCACUAAGCCGCAGAAAAUUGCUUUCAUUUUUGAUUCCUCAAUAACAGCCUACCUCAUGCUGGGAAACCUUUCAGCAGACUUGAAAAAACAUUCUGUUACCAUGUUUGAAGUCGGAAAGCUGACAGGUGAUUCACUCAGUGCCUUCUAUAGAGAAAUUUCUUCUUUGUCCCAAUCUGCGGAACAGGAUGUAGGUAUUUAUUACGAGCAUGCAAGGUGUCUGAGUCAAACAAUGUGUCACAUUUCAAGUGCUCAAACCUCAAAUAAGACUGAUUUUCGAUAUUUGGAUCUAGUGAGAUGCGGUUCCUUGGCUUCAUUAGAGCCCGUUACACGACGUCGAAUCUUAUCGAAAAACUACAAUCUUGUUGUCUGUAUGGCCCCACUUUCUUUUGAAGAAUCACGUGUUUUGUGUCCAGAUUUGCCUCUCAUCUUGGGACCUUCAAUCCCUGAAAUCAACUCGCCAUGGUUCCGCUUCUUUGUUACUCGUACUGUGGAUAUUGGUGGUAUGCCAUCCCUCCUUCUUUGCCGCGGUGCCCAUGUCACGAAGCUGCCCUUAUCUCUCUCUCGUUUCUCAAGAUUCCUCGUCACUUCGUGGGGACAUGAGCCUGUUCUCAUGGACAUCUAUGGCCUCUUCUAUUCCGUUAAUGAUCUUACCCUCAAUUUUCCUGUCCUCAUCCAGGCUUAUGAUGAUCGUGACAACAGUUCUCCUCUUCAUCAACACUUUCUUCCUAUGCCUAUCUCACCUGAUUUCCUCAAACGAAUUAAUAAUAAACUAGAUUGGUUAGAGCGUCUUUCGAAGAGCGUGGACAUAACAUCUUUCAUAGGUUAUCUCUCCCUCCUUCUUCCGGAUGGAAAAUCAGAGGUGGAUAAUGAAGCACAACAUGGUGAUAUGGAGUCCACAAAUGAGAUAAUCGGCGGAGGAACUCUCUACCAGCAGAACACCUCCCAGUUUCUGGAGCAUUCCAUCAUUGAUUCACGUGUGGUGCUGACAGAGGACGCACUUGAGGGUGCUGUCAAUGACGGUCGACCAGUUUGCUUAUUAAGUGUCCACUUGGGCAUACCUCUGUUCAACUCAACACUAAACAAUGCUGUCUUCGAGAGGAUUAACCAUGUGUGUGACAAUUCUCAAUUGGGUCUUCUACCUUCACAGGUGCGCUCCCAGCUUUCUGCAGCGAAUAGUUCGCUGCAGGAAAAGCUUGUAGAAUUUAUAAAAUCUGUUGGAGGAGUUUAUGUGCAUAAUGGCUUUUCUAUGACACUGGAUGACAGUAUGGCAGGCAGCUGCGGUGACAAGACGUCCAUGCCGCCAUUGCCGCUUCCGUCAAGAUCAUUGUGUUGUUCCUGUGAUGGUGACCUGGAGGAGUGGGAAGAUUAG